AUGGAAAAUUCAGGAGCUCCAUGGCCCGAGCACUGUGACCCAUUAGUCUUUAACACCAGGACUUUGGACGAAGCUGGAUACAUUGUUUACUCGGCAAACUACGAUGCUGAACACAAAAACUUGACAACUCAGGUCCACUGGCCUUAUCCUAGCACUCUUGAAAAUCAGAACAGCCGGCCAGAUUUCCAUCAACCCAUCAAUGGACUCUACGACGCGGAGGGAACUUUCAGCUGGUCUGCAGCUCCAUACUCACUCGGUCGGGACUCCACGGGUGGGUUACUUCGACCAGCCAGCACUCUUCCGACGAGAGUCCCAUUGCCAAUCUACAACUGCUUCGUCCAACAAAACGAUGACAUUCAGCCUCAACCAAACCAGCCCACCAGCCGAGUGGUCUCGCUUCAUAAUCAACCUUUCAACCACAAUGGGCGGAUGAAUCACUGGGAGAUGCCCGACGAUCGCGUGCCAACUAUGGCGAACUUGCAAAUGCCGUCUCCGCCGCGCUCAACGACUCUUUCGUACGGUUCUGCUAGUCCGGAGGAUGUUGUUUCGCCUCAAGAAUGCCUUUUGCUCCAGCCCGGUUUCACGGCGUCAACCGAGGCUUCUCAGCUACCUCCGAUCAAACCGAGGCCUACUUUACGCGGUGUCGUGGGUCAUCAGCAACCUGAUAAUCAUCCUCUUCCUAGCCAGCAGUCUGUUGGCCGAAUUAACGUACAGCCUCCACGAACUCAGAAGCAAGACAGUGAUCAGUGCUUUACUCCCCCGACAAGCGAGUACAAUCCUCUUGGAACAUCGAAACAGCCAGUAACUGCCCAUCGAGUCAAGUCGCUUGCUCAAGUUUCGUCGAACCCUCCCGCCUACAAGAAACCAGCGCAAACUUCUACGGACAAAAUUCUUGAUGAGGAUAGUCGAGUGAUGGAGAUUGUUCCCCGGCCAAAGGAUAUCGAGUCACGAGUUUCUAGCCAAGCUCGAGAGCCGAAGUCGGGCAGUCGAAGAAAGCGGAUAUUGACUGACGAAGACCGCCGUGCUGUGGCAGACACUCGCAAGAUCGGCGCAUGUAUCCGAUGUCGUAUGCAGCGUCUGAAGUGCGAGGUUGAUACGGAAAACCGUGAAGGGCCUUGCUUGACUUGUGCGAAAGUCGACUUGAGCUCUUCAAAGGUCAUUCAUCGACAGCCGUGCAUACGAACCAAACUCGCCGAUGUCGUCCUCUACAAUCCCAACUGCGCUGGAGUCAAAACGGAACUGGGCCUUCCCGUCACAACGAGUGAUAUCGAGAAUUGGGCCGAAGAAGCUGAACACGAUGUUCAGCUUGUUGCGCGAGGACUUUGUUCUGUACCCAUGACCAUCCGAGUUCGCAGGUUUCACAGAGGCUCCAUGUCGACAGACCAAAUAAACUUUGUCUGGAUGAACGAGGAGACGGGUAAAGUCGAGGAGACGAGACUCGAACCGUACGCACUUGCCAGCGUCAGUUCGUCGAGGGAACAACUGGAGGCAUAUAUCGAGGCCAACGCGGUGAAAGGCUGGGAGGAGCAAGCCUACCGAGGUGAUACCGACCAGAUUAUUUCGAAGCACUACAAAGCUGCAUUGGAAUACUACAACAAACCCGAUCAACACCCAAUUGACCGACGUCUAUUGCUGAACUUGUUCAAAUUCUGCUUUGCUCAACGACUCUUGACACGCCCUUCUUGGAUCUAUGAUAAAGACCCGAAAAGUCAGAAUUGCCUAGGCAUGUCACCUGCUAAAGAAGAGUUUAACCCUCUGCUCAAUAGAAUCCCCACACCGCCAACGAUUACCUCGCAACUUCGUUCGAUGGCCCAUUUACGACUGCUCAAGCAUCAUGAACAUAUUCUCGAAGAUCUGGAGAAACUCUGUUGUAAGAAGAUUCGAACAUCCUUCUUCACAGUCUAUCUUGUCACGUUCGUAAUACUUCACGAACUUGCUGUUACAACGGAACACUACCGGCAAAGCCCAUUCCUCUGUCCUUCAAAAGAGAAAGAAAAUCAACAAGAAUCCUACCAACAAUAUCUCGAGGUUGCAGAGAAGAGCGCGAGUAUCCUUCUACUCCAUUGGCAAUACUACCGACGCGCGCCGGAACCAUACUGCGCUGCCGAUGGCUUCCUCGGAGACCAUGUUGCCCGUUGGUUUUGGACUGGUUUGGAGGAUAGUCACGAAGGCUUUUGCAGGCAAACGUGGAUGGAGAUGAGAAAACUGGCGGACGAAGGCUACUGUACCAAUCAGACAUCUCUUGGGAGCCCUUUUCAUUGGAUUUCUCAAAUGUUUGAUCGCGAUUGGAGCCCUAAAAGCAUAUGGGAUCGCGUAGAUACUAUCAUCGUCAAGCCAGAACCGCCAACGGAACCGGCCUUCAAGCCUCGGAAAGCGACGAAAUUACGAUGA